AUGCCCGCCGUGCCGCCGGCGCCGCCCGCGUCGCCGCCGCGCGCGCUGCUCCCGCCGUGGCAGCGCGAGUGGCUCGCCGCGAGCAUGGGCUGCACGAUCGCGGACGCGAUGUUUAACCCGCUCGAGGUGCUCAAAGUGCGGCGACAGAUGCUCGCGAGGCGCGCGUCCUCGACGACGGCGUCGAACGCCGCCGCCGCCGCCGCGACCGCCUCCGCGACCGCGCCUCCGACCGGGACGCUCGCGCUCGCGAGGGACGCGAUCAAAUCGCGCGGGCUCGCGAACGGGCUGUGGCUCCCCGGGCUCGAGGCGACGUGCUAUCGCGCCUUCUCCUACACCGGGUUCAGGAUCGGCAUGUAUCCGUCAGGCGCGUCCCACGCACUGGUUCCCAUACGACCCCUCCGCGACGCGAUCGUGAGCCGCGGCGCGUUCGGCGACGCGGACUCGAUCGCCGCGCGCGUCGCCGCGGGCGCGCUCACGGGCGCGGUCGGCAGCGCGGUGUUCAACCCGAUAGACGUCGUGCGGAUACGCAUGCAAGGGCCGACGCCGUAUCCGAGCACGCUCGGCGCGUUCGUCGCGAUCGCGAAGCGCGAGGGCGUCGUUCGAGGCCUCUGGCGCGGCACGGACGCGUGCGUCGCGAGAGCGGCGCUGCUGAGCGGGAGCCAACUCGCGACGUACGAUUCGGUGAAGAAGCACUUGAAAGCGAACGGCGGGUUCGAGGAGGGUCCCGGGUUGCACUUCGCCGCGAGCUUCACGUCGGGGAUCGUCGCGCAGACGGUGACGAUGCCCGCGGACACGCUGAAGACGCUCGCGAUGGCGGGCGGGGACGGCGGGGACGGCGGGAAACGGCACGGAGGGGGUCCUGGGACUCUGGGGAUAUUGACGCGCGUUUUACGAACGCACGGGGUUGGGGCGUUAUAUCGAGGGUACUGGCCCGCGAUGGCGCGGCAAGGGCCCGUGAUGGUGAUUCAGAUGCCCAUCGUCGAGCAGUUCCGCAGGGCGUUCGGGUUGGAGUAUUUCUGA